UUGUCGCUCUAUUCAUCUUUUCUUUUCUCCCAAAAACUAAACCAUAGAAGCAACAAAUCUCAAAGCCAAUUUCUAAAUCCUUUUGAAAGAUACAGAGAGAAACGAUGAAUAGAGGAGUGUUAGAGAGUUCGCCGGUACAACACCUCACGGCGGCUGAAAACCCUAACUGGUGGAAUAAAGUAAGCGGUGGCUUGAUGAGACCACCGUCGCAGCAGCCGCCUUCUACCACCACCUAUCUUCCACCGAGUAUCUUGCCCAACUUCUUUUGUUCUCCGAGUUCUUCUUCAUCUUCUUCUUCACCUUCUCUGCCUCCCACGAGUAACCCUAACUCCUCUUAUUGGUUUGGGAAUAGUGAUGAUCUGCCUCUUGACCAACCAUUGAGCCUUAGCCAACUACUCUUGGGUGGACUGAUGGUAGGAGACGAAGAAAAAAUGAACGUGAUGAACCAUCAUCGUCAUCAAAAUCAACAGCAUAAUUACCAAGAGAAGAAGCUAGAGAAUUGGAAAGAACACUUUUUGAGGCACCAAGCUUCCAUCAAACAAGAUAUUAACAAUAAUAAUGGUAAUGUGAUGAUGUCGUCACCGAACACACCUCUAAACAAGUCUUGUGUUGCAACAACAACAACAAUUCACAACAUCAAUGAAGAAAACAACAAUAACAAUCACAAUGGUCUUAACUUGUCAGAGUGUAAUAGCUCAGAGAUUGGUGGGUCUUCUUUUGCAAAUAAGAAACCAAAGCUUCAAGUACCUUCUUUUCUUCCUACUCUCAAGGUGAGAAAAGAGAAACUUGGAGUCCGAAUCGCAGCUCUUCAUCAGCUAGUAUCUCCCUUUGGCAAGACUGACACAGCGUCUGUCUUGUCCGAGGCUAUUGGAUACAUUAGAUUCCUCCACAGUCAAAUUGAGGUUCUAAGUGUACCAUACUUUGGUACUCCCACGAGGAAUAUUAUGAUGCACCAAAAUGCACAAGGAGAGAUGAAAGGUAUAUUUCCUGAGGACCCUCAGCUUGUGCAUGAGUAUUGCAUGAAAAGAUCAAAAGGAGCUUCAUCGUCAUCUAGGAACAAUCAAGAAUCAAACCUUAACGAGGAACAUAAGAAAGAUUUGAAAAGUAGAGGACUCUGUCUUGUCCCCAUUUCAUGCACACUCCAAUUUGGCAGCGACAAUGGCGCCGAUUAUUGGGCUCCGGCGUUCGGGGUCACUUUCCGGUGAUCCAUUCACUUUAUUAUAUUUGGAUUUUGGUCAGUCGAAAAUUAAAUGAUAGAAGAAUAAAUAGUAAUGUUAUAACAUUAUGAGCAUCCAAUCUAUUGAGAGAGAGAAGGAAAAAAAAAAGAGUUUCCAAGAUUGAUUGCUCAUGAUGUUAUACGAUCACUUUAAAAACUCGAAGAUUGUUUUUUGGCGUUUGGCCUUUGAAGAUUUGCAGUUGACGUUGACGUGUAUGAGAUGGGCAAGUGAAUUAUGUUUUCUUGAUUAA